ACCCGCACGCCCCGGUCCCGCAAACUCCCGGUGGCAGCGGCGGGGAAGCGGCCUCACCGCGGUGACGGGCCGGGAAGCGAAGAGCGAGCGAGAGAACGAGGGGCCCCGCGGCCUAUGGGAGCGGGCGGCGCGGUGUGAGCCGGCCGCCGCGGGUGGGCGAGGGGCAAGCGGCAAGCGGGGGGGAUUUGUCGACGGCGGAUCGGCCUGUGGGGCUGCCCCGUGUGUUACGGCCGCCAUGGAAGUGUGCGAGAGCGGCGGGGAGCAGCCGCCGCUGCUGCACUGGGACCGCAAGCUGAGCGAGCUGUGCGAGCCCGCCGAUCCCGAUACCCUGCUGUGCCACACGCACUUCACAGAGUUCCUGGAUGAGUUUUCACCUGAUGUUCUAGGCCAGCUCUUGAAUGAUCCCUUCUUGUCUGAGAAAAAUGAAAUAAUGGAGGUGGAGCUAUCUCCAGCAUCCCCAGCACCUCUCAUCCAAGCAGAACACAGUUACUCCCUCUGUGGAGACUCUCGACCCCAGUCUCCUUUGACCCACAUCUCCACAGAAGACAACUUUAAUGAAGGUGACCUGGAAAAUGAGGAAUGGUGUCUGGGUACAGAGCUGACUGCAGCAGCAAUAAAGACUGAGCCAGUGUUGUGUGAGACAUCAGGCCUGGCUCCCUCAGUGAGUCUCACUGUGACAGCCACAUCACUGGAGGGAGAACAAGCUGAGCUACAGACGGAUGCCCUGAUGAAACCGCUGAGCCAGAAAGUUCUUCCAGAGAUUAAACUGGAGCCCCACGAAGUGGAUCAGUUCCUCAACCUCUCUUCUAAGGAAGUAGUGGAUCCCCUGCAUUUGCCUCCAACCCCUCCCAGCAGCCAUGGCAGUGACUCUGAGGGAGGGCAGAGCCCAGCUCGAUCGCUCCCUCCUUCCAGCCCAAUCCAGCUGCAGGCCUCAUCCAAGGUGACAUCACGUACAGCUUCAGCACUCUCCAAUUCCCCUCUCCUGACUGCACCACAUAAAUUACAGGGGACUGGGCCGCUGAUCCUGACAGAGGAGGAGAAGAGAACACUGAUAGCAGAGGGGUACCCAAUCCCUACCAAACUGCCCCUGACAAAAGCAGAAGAGAAGGUGCUGAAGAAAAUUCGCAGGAAAAUAAAGAACAAGAUCUCUGCCCAGGAAAGUAGAAGGAAAAAGAAAGAAUACAUGGACAGUCUGGAAAAAAAAGUUGAGACUUGUUCAAAUGAAAAUAGUGAGCUGCGUAAGAAAGUUGAAGUCCUGGAGAAUACUAACAGAACACUUCUGCAGCAGUUGCAGAGACUCCAAGCUAUGGUUGCUGGGAAAGUGUCCCGUUCCUGUAAGGCAGCCAGCACACAGACAGGGACCUGUCUUAUGAUGGUGGUGCUAUGCUUUGCAGUAGUUUUUGGCAGCUUCUCUCAGACCUAUGGACCAUAUUCUUCUGCUACAAAGAUGGUGUUGCCCAGGCAGCAUUCCUCACCAGAGUCCUACACAGACUCCAUUGUGAGGUCAAGGAGUCUGCUCAUUUAUGAAGAGCCUCACCAGCUCGAGGAGUCGUCGAGCCCCAUCUCCUUUGCAGAUCCCAAUGAGAGGCAAGCAGACACCUCCAAGUACCCAGCACUGUCCCUGGAAGCCAUGCCAGGGGGACAGCAGGAUGAAAUCAUGCAGUUCACAAUAGCCAAUGAAACGAGGCUGGAGAAAUCAGUUCUGCUGGGCCUGCAGCAGCACAGAGUCAACUCCGAACUAGAAGGAAAUGAAACACUGAAGAUAAUUGAAAUAGAUAGAAGAGUCAACGCCACCUCUUAAAAAUAAAAAAGGCCUUUUUUCUUGACUUCCCUCUUUCCCAUAUGUUUUCAACCAAAGUCCCCAUGACUCUUGUCAUCCUUAGUGAACCAAAGCACAAAAGAGAGGGAGUUCAACUUCUGCAUUGACUGGUGAGGCUGUGACUGCAGAUGGGAUCUCUUCUCUUUGUAACUCCCUUCCUCACUUCUCACACAGUCUCUGUCUUUGCUUUUAUUCCUUUCCUGUCUAAUACUGGAAGGGCAAGUUUGAAUUAUGGUGGCAGAUGAUGCCAGCAGUGUGCCAGUGACUGGUGGGUGGGUGGGGGCAUGCACACAUCCUCAUCUGAGCACAAAGACAUUCUGAAGAAGAGUGAAAUAUGCAAAACCGAUGGGAGCAUGUGGGGGAUGGGUUUCUCGGGAGAAGAUAAUUGAGAGAAAGAGGAGAUGCAGCAUGAUGCUACUCAGAAUCUAGUGAUAGCUCCGUGCCUGCUGCACUUGAGCCUUUUGGGGCGACUGAGAAGCAGGUGUGUAGCCUGCUUCUGAAGGGACAAGAAAGGACCCUGACACUGCUGAGUUAAGAGCAGAGGCAGGAGCAGGGUGGGUGAUGUUGGUGCUGCAUUGUUAUCCUCUAUGUCUUUCUCUUCUGCCCUUCAGCCUCUUUCUCAUUUAGUGGGGUAGGUUUCUCUCUGGGUUGAAAGCAGUCCUGAUAGGCUUCCCUCCUUGCUCCUAGACUUGUGGAAUUCAAGCAAAGAUCAGUUGCUGUCUUGUCACACUUUAUGUGGGAGAAUUACACUAGUUUAACUAAAUCUGUUUAGAAAGCAGGCUUUGUUAAAUUUAUGCAGUGUUUUGGAUGGAUGUCCUUUAGUCUUCUUAAGGCUAAUCUGUUUAUAUUCAAUCGGUUCCUUUCCAACAAACUAAAUCAAUCUAAGGCUUAAACCAGAAGUGCCUCCUGAGAGGACCAUAUGAUUUUAAUUUAUUGGCUUCUAGAUGCAUUGACAGAAUUUCUUACGUAGACCUGGUCAGAUUGUCCUGUGUUUUCCUUUCCUUGCCAUCUUCCUGUUACUGUUGUAAAUAGUAUUUAUUAGCUUUGCAAAGUUUUGUUCGGGCAGUCACAAUGAAGCAAACUGAGCUUCCCUAACCCUGCAAGUGGUCUGGGAAAACUCUGAAAUCAGACACACAAAUAUCACUGAAUUCUCUCAUCCCAAACCUUAACUGUCCAAAAAGAAAGCCAUGUGUCUUGUCUCCCUCCUACCUCCUUUGCCAGAGGUGUGAUCUUAGAUCAACUGCUUAGCUGAAAAGAGAAGGGAAUAGGUGGCCCCAUCUAGGCAUGGUUCAGACCUGGAGGUGGUAGCUAUUCUAUUAGCAAGGCAGCCUCUGACCUGAGGAAUUGAGCAUGUAGUAGGUGGGAGAUGAGGCAAACCAAGGAUGAGAUGGGCACAUAGGGAGGGGGAGUGGCUGGCCCAUGUUCAGUGGAAAAGCCAAGAGCAGUAUCCAGGCCUGAUCCUGGUCCAGUACUCUGGCUUUUUUUCUACCUUGUCUCAUGUUGCCUUUAAGGGUUCUCCCUCUCUCAGUACCCUGGUCAUGCCUUUGCCCAAGCUGUGCUUUUUGUAAUUUGUCUUUACAGUGGCACAGUUGAACCUGUGGCUGGAUUAGAGCAGAAUUUUAUCUGGUUAAUACAGAAGGGUACUCAGACUUCACUGAGGAUGGAUUUAAUAUGAAAACCCUAAUUCAGCAGGCUAGCAUAGCUCCUUUACAAUUUACCAGAAGAAGUAAAUUUUUAAAAAGUGUAACAAAUUUUGAAGCUCCUUUUUUUCUUUUAUUUUUUUUCCUAAUGAUAAAUAAGGGAAAAACUAACCUAGCCUUACAAGUAAUUUUUUACCAUGUACAGUAGAUAUUUCCUGCAACUAUUCUAUUUUGUAAAAUACUGGAUUUGUAUUUUAUUACAGCAGCUGCCACACCAGCUUCUUUCUUGUUCUUCAUUCUUCUUAGACUUUGUUCCUUUGGUAUCCUAUUUUGCCAGCCUCAGGCCUCACUCAAAACUCAGUGAAAUGAAUGGAAAGAAUUGGGUGAUUUACAGGGGGCUGUGGAUCAGUCCCUGCUGUGCCAUUUUAAUAAGGUGUUUCACAGUAGGGACAGUGAAACAUCUGCCUGACUCCAUGAGCUAGCAAUGAGUUUUGGUGUACAAAUGUGCUUUCUAGAUAAUUCCCCAUUCUUCUGUGUAAGUGCCUUUUAUUAUUUUACCUUUGGUGGCAAUGAGAGGAGAAAUCCUGUUGUAGUCUUUUUUCCAAGUGUUCCAAGCAGGUUCACCUAGAGCAGGGAGCAGAGGAUGGUGUCCAGGCAGGUUUUGAAUGUCUCUGGAGGGAGACUCCAUCACCUCUCUGGGCAGUCUCAAAGUAAAAAAGUUUCCUCAUGUUAAUAUGGAACUUCCUGUGUUCAAGUUUGUGCCCAUUACCUCUUAUCCUUUUCCCUUCACAGUGAUCCCACUGGGUCCUCUGUAUUAUUCCAGUGUCCAGCAACAGCUUUUGUGUGAUUUUUUUUUUUUAAUGAUUUAAGGCAUCACUUAAAUGGUGAACACUGGUGGUUGCCACAAGGGGUGGCUGCAUUGCUUAGCCACAUGAGGUCAGCAAAGUGACAGGUGAGAGCUGGGAUUGACCCUUACAGUCAGUGUCAAAGGUUAGAAAAUUCCUUAAAAUGUCUCUUUUUCUUAGAGCACCCAUGGUUUUCCACCUCUGAGGGCAACUGAAGGGUUAAGUCUUCUGCAGAAGAGGCCCCAGGUGAUUGAAUGUAACACUGCUCUGACUUACACAUUUCUCACUGUGCCUAAGUAGGAGGCCACUCUGCCUCAGAUCAUGCCCAUUACCAGUUAAAUGGAUCACCUCCCAUUGCAGAUAUAGCUGACCUCACUGUAUUAAAACCAAAUUUGAAUUAUUUCUCAAUGCUUAAGCAAUUUUGCAAACCCUAAACACUGCUGGCCCCCCUCCAAAGCCUACUGCACUUUAGUUUGCUUAAUUUGGGUUCAUUGGUUCAAAUCUAAUUGGGAGAUAGCCUGAUUGGGAGCAUUUUGAACUGGCCACAGUCUGGGGCUGGCUCUAAAUUGAUUCAUCCAAGCCAGUAUGGCCAUACCAAUUUUCUUGUAACUGUUUGAUAAUCUGUUUCUAUAAUCUUAUUUUGUGUAAUGCUGUUAAGUUAUUUUUAGGUACUCUUUUGGGGAAUCUCUUGAUCCAGCACACACAUUGCUUGGGGAUUUAUUGUAUUAAAUAUUACUUCUUUAUAAUAAUGAAAACCUUUGCUUUUCUUUGCUAUGUUUGUGAUGGUUUUUCUUCAGGAGCCUUAAUAGAACAGGUUUCUCUGCUAGACUCCAGGGGCCAAAGAAUCUCCUGUCAUCACCUCCCCACAGGCUGUCACACAACAAGGAUCUCACAGUCUCCAGUGGUAGUUUCUGGCUGUGUUGCUUACCUUGCAGGGGGACAGAGGAGGCAGGAGAUGCAAUUGCACUGCCAGCCUUGGCAUUCCAGGGGUGACCCAAGCGUGACUGGGGAUGCAGAGUGGAGAGGCAGCUGGGUGUGCUCUGUGUUGAGGGCACAGAGAAGGUGUAGUGAGUGCUUUUAAUUAGUUCAGCUAUGAUACUUGGUCUUAGCCUUCUGCCAGUAUGCAUUUUCCAGCGAGCUGGUGCUGUAGAAUAAUCUGCACAUACGGACAUGGCAAAGGCCUUAUGUGCUACUUGAUUUCCAUUUCCUUUAAAGUACUUAACUGAUCCUUAGAGUCUUCAGCUGUAACUUUAUGCUGCUUGUCAGCACAAUUUUAUACACAGUAGUAAACUUACCUUUUGGCCUAGAGCUUUAAAGCAUGUCUAGAUCUGUCAGGUCUUUGCUUCUAGGGAGGUAAGCUUUGAAGGAAUGUAGGGCAUUAUUUUUUUUUUAUCUGUGUAUAUUUAAAGAGUAUCAAGCAGAGGGCAUGUGACAGUUCUAACCUUGUUACCAGUGUGUAGAUAAUGUUUUUUUUCCCCAGGCUAUUUAUAGUUCUUUGCUGCAUUUCUCAUAUUUCAUCUCUACCAUUCAAUAUUUUUCAGCACAACAGACUAAUAAUGGAUUAGGCUGAGAUUCUUAGGCCCAGAUCCCAGCUGAUAGAAUGCAGCAUGCUUCUCACUUACUGCUUUUGGAGGCUGCAGGGCUGACUUACAGUGGCAAGAGACCUCUUCCAUAUUUCUUGUGUAACAAUGUAUCUCAAUGUAUUCUUGAUUUUUCUAAUGUAGAGCUGAAAAAUAAUCUGAAAACUUUUCUUAUUUGUUGUGUUUGUUUGGUUUUUGGUUUGUUGUUUUUUUUUUUUCCCCCCCCUGAAGAAACCAACCACUUCUCUACUCCCAUCCUUCCAAAGUAUCAGUGGUGAAUUCUGUCUAGACACAUUUAGAAUGUAGGUCAAGUAAAUGAAUUAUACUAAUUGCUACAUUGGGAAGGAUUUCCACUGAGUAUUUGGGCUCUAGAUUCUAGCUAAUGCCAAGAGGCCAUUGUACAAAACCCGUGCAGCUAAGAACAGAAGCACACAGAGUAUUUUUAUACUCUUGACGGCUAAAAUAUUUCUUUCUCAAGUUGCUAAUUAGAAAGGGAACAUUUUGUAUUUUGAAGGUGAAAUGGUAGGUCAGUACUUUGUAACUACAAAAGUUGUACUAGCCUAUAUAGGUAGUGUAAUGCUACGAUGCCUUGCUGCUUUGCUCUAUUAGUCUUAGAGGUAAACAAUUUGGGGGGCUGCAGACAUGAAUGGACUGGUGUAUGUGUUAAGGUCUCUACAAAUAAAAUGUGAGGAUUCAGUCAUUGAGCCAGGAAACUAUAGCUUUCUCCUGGCCAGGGACAGAGGUUGUUCAGGGAUAUGUUGAGGGUAUGAUCCCAGUUAAUACCACGUUACUUAGGUGAUCAGCACCUAUUGGAGACUCCAGGGUUGAGAGGGAAAUUGCCAUUUGUUUUUGUGAUUUCUGUGGCAAGCCUUUUCCUGCUUUACCAGGGUAUAUAUAUAAAUUGAGUUCCUAUGUAGCAAAGAGUGCAUCUUGCAGGAAACUCUCAGUUGUGAUGCUGAAGUGGAGUUUGGAUAUUCUGUAUUACCAGUAGUCUCUGUCAUAAAGCCCAUCUCCAUAUUCUUCUUCCAAGAGUUCAAACUGAAUAGGUGAGAACAAAACACGGGAAAGAUGGAUUUGUAGAUAUAUUUUACAGAAAAGAGUAAGGAAGUGGCAAGUGAAGGGGGACUCAUGACAUCACAGAGAAACCACCUAGUUUUUCAUUCCAUAAAUCAGCAACGAUAGCCUUUUUCAUUACUUUCCUCCUUUGUUUUAGCUUUACUCCUCCCCUUGCUCUUUAACACUAUGCAGUCCUGUUUAUGCAUAUCUGACCUUCCUGGUAUAUACCAUUUUCCCUUCCAACCAGCAGGUAAAAAUCUUUCUGAACUUUAGCAGCUCAUAAUUAAGGGAGUGGAAGAGAGGGAGGAAGGGAGAAGCAGAGGCAGGUAAUCAAUUUCUUUUAACAGAACUCUGCUCAUAUCUGACUUUGCCAUAUCAGAUUUUAAUUCAAUGGUGCUGAUGUAACUGUGUCUUGCUCUCCUCAUUUGUACAGUUAGCACAACUGAGUGUGAGCAUGUGUGCAUCUGUGUAUGUGUGCAUAGUGAGCAAAUAAGCAAAACAAAACCCCAAACACAAUUUGGUUGUUUUUUUUUGAUGUUGUAAGCCUUGCUAAAUAGAAGGAUCUACCUGUACACACAGGGCACAUUCCACUUGGUGCAACAGAAAGUCCAGAAACCUGUUCACAUUCCACAUCACCGAGCACUCGUAGGAGAGCUGUGUGAGUUGCUGUCUGAAAUCUGUCCUGUUCACAACUGUCAGCUGAAGGUUGUUGCACUGUGUCAUUUUGUGUUGUAGACUGUCUGGCCUUUCUGUAGGACAGCUCUAGCUUAGUGCAAAAAAAUUAUUAUUUCAGAUUUUAUUGUAUUUUCCAGUGUUGGUUUUGUGCUGCCGAAUUAAUGGCUUUGAAUGUUUUGUGGUUUUUUUGUUUGAUUGAUUUUUUUAAAUGGUGUAAGUUAGCCUUAAAAAAAGUGGCCCCUGAGAGCUGACAGCUCUUGGAACACAAUUCAUUGAACUGGUAUUCUGGGAGAGGACUUAAAGAUCCCUUUCUCAUGAGCUCUACAGCCCUAACUUCCCUAUGGCUGCAAUAAGAUGCCAGUGGGGGGGAACAGCUUGCUCUUGGAGGGCCAUGUACAUCAAUCACAGUUUACUUGAUAGUUUUCCUGAGGUUUGCUGAGCCUUCCAAGUGUUGGUUACCUGGUGUUGCCCUCUUGAAUACAUGUACAGAGGGCCAAAACCACUGCCUUGGGCCAUGCAAAACAACACCUUGUGACUGUGAGUCACUCUGCAUGUGACACCCCUGAGGCAUUUAAGCUGAUCUUUCCCUCUCUGUUCCAGUGCUUACAGUAUGGGCUCCUGCAAACAUUUUAAACUAUCUAAGUUGAAAGAGACAGUGAUCCUAGUGCAAGAUCACACCCCCUUAAACUCCUUGGUAAAUUCUAUUGGAGCCUCUUGUCACUGCAGAUACCUCUCUUCUUUUGCCAUAAGUCUGACUCUGUGUAUGUGUGUUCAGUGGCCUCUCUAUUUUUGUACAAGUGCUGUCAUCUGGAUACAGUCCCACCUGAUUGUUCACACUGUAAACAUGUCUGUUGGGUGGAAAGAAAUUGCUGGUUUUCCUUUUUAAGUUGUCUCUUUGGUUCUAUGGGAGAACAGACUACCUGCUUUUGUAGCCUAAACAUGUAUGUAGCUAAGUAUAUUAUGCUUUACAUUUCCUGCAAAUAAAUAUUUUCUUUAGAAAAA